AUGCUCUGGUUCUCCGCCGUCAGGGCUCUGGCUGAGCGUCCCCGCCGGCGCUCGCCCGGGAUUACCUGCUGCGUCUUGCUGCUGCUCAAUUGCUCGGGGGUCCCCAUGUCUCUGGCUUCCUCCUUCUUGACAGGUUCUGUUGCAAAAUGUGAAAAUGAAGGUGAAGUCCUCCAGAUCCCGUUUAUCACGGACAACCCCUGUAUAAUGUGCGUCUGCUUGAACAAGGAAGUGACCUGCAAGCGGGAGACGUGCCCGGUGCUGUCCAGGGACUGCGCCCUCGCCGUCAAGCAGAGGGGAGCCUGCUGCGAGCGCUGCAAAGGUUGCACCUAUGAAGGAAACACCUAUAACAGCUCCUUCAAGUGGCAGAGUCCUGCGGAGCCCUGUGUCCUGCGCCAGUGCCAGGAAGGCGUUGUCACCGAGUCUGAGGUGCGGUGUGUUGUGCAUUGUAGAAAUCCCUCCAAGCAUCUGGGAACGUGCUGCCCCACGUGUCCAGGCUGUGUGUUUGAGGGUGUGCAGUACCAAGAAGGGGAGGACUUUCAGCCCGAAGGAGACAAGUGCACCAAGUGUUCCUGCAUUGGAGGCAGGACACAGUGCGUGCGCGAGGUCUGUCCCAUUCUCUCCUGUCCUCAGCACCUUAGCCACGUUCCCCCGGGACAGUGCUGCCCCAAAUGUUUGGGUCAGAGGAAAGUGUUUGACCUCCCGUUUGGAAGCUGCCUCUUUCGCAGUGAUGUUUAUGACAAUGGAUCCUCGUUUCUGUACGACGACUGCACGGCGUGCACCUGCAGGGACUCCACUGUGGUGUGUAGGAAGAAGUGCUCCCGGGCUGGCGGCUGCGACAAGGGCGAGGAGGCCUGCUGUGAGGAGUGCCUCCUACACGUGCCCCCGGAAGACACCAAAGUGUGCAAGUUUGGCAACAAGAUUUUUCGGGACGGAGAGAUGUGGUCCUCCGUGAACUGCACCAUCUGUGCUUGUGUGAAAGGCAGGACCGAGUGCCGCAAGAAGCAGUGCGCCCCCAUCAGCAGCUGCCCGCAGGGUAAAAUUCUCAACCGAAAAGGAUGCUGUCCUAUUUGCACUGAAAAGCCCGGCGUUUGCACGGUAUUCGGAGAUCCCCACUACAACACUUUUGACGGACGGACAUUUAACUUUCAGGGGACGUGUCAGUACGUUUUGACGAAAGACUGCUCCUCCCCUGCCUCGCCCUUCCAGGUGCUGGUGAAGAACGACGCCCGCAGGACCCGCUCCUUCUCCUGGACCAAGUCGGUGGACCUGGUGCUGGGCGCGGGCACCGUGAGCCUCCAGCAGCACCUGACCGUGCGCUGGAACGGCUCGCGCAUCGCGCUGCCCUGGCGGGCGCCGCACUUCCACAUCGACCUGGACGGCUACCUCCUGAAAGUGACGACCAAAGCAGGUUUGGAAAUAUCCUGGGAUGGAGACAGUUUUGUAGAAGUCAUGGCUGCCCCUCAUCUCAAGGGCAAACUUUGUGGUCUCUGUGGCAACUACAAUGGACAUAAGCGUGAUGACUUAAUUGGUGGAGAUGGAAACUUCAAGUUUGAUGUGGAUGACUUUGCUGAGUCCUGGAGGGUGGAGUCCAAUGAGUUCUGCAACAGACCCCGCAGAAAGCCAGUGCCUGAACUGUGUCAAGGGACCGUGAAGGUAAAGCUCCGAGCCCAUCGAGAAUGCCAGAAACUCAAGUCCUGGGAGUUUCAGACCUGCCACUCAACAGUGGACUAUGCUACUUUCUACCGGUCCUGUGUGACAGACAUGUGUGAGUGUCCAGUCCAUAAAAACUGUUACUGCGAGUCAUUCCUGGCAUACACCCGGGCCUGCCAGCGCGAGGGCGUCGGCGUCCACUGGGAGCCCCAGCAGAGCUGUGCAGCCACCCAGUGUAAGCACGGGGCUGUGUACGACACCUGCGGCCCAGGAUGUGUCAAGACCUGUGACAACUGGAAUGAAAUUGGUCCGUGCAAUAAGCCGUGCAUUGCGGGCUGCCACUGUCCCGCCAACCUGGUCCUUCACCGGGGAAGGUGCAUCAAGCCAGUCCUUUGUCCUCAGCGGUGACCUCUGUUCAGCAGCUAAAGACUUUGAAACCUGGUGUCCUUGACACUGGCAUGUCAGAGCCAGUGAGGGACUACUGUGUUCGUGUGCCCUCCUGCACACACACACACGGAGUAUAUACGUGUACAUAUAUAGAUAUAGAGAUAUAUUCAGAAACAUUUCGUCAUUUAUAUAAACUACAGGUGGAUUAUUAUAUGUAUAUUUUUUGCUAUAAGACAUGUAUUAUUUCUAGAAUCCUAAUCUGUAAGCCAUUGGACACAUUGUAUAAAUAAACCAGGUGUUUUUAAUUUAAUAAGGCAGCAUGCGGACAUCUUGGAUGGCUUUAACAUCACAUACGUUGUCAUUUAGAAGGAAGUUUUUCUAAAAAAAAAAAAUCCUCAGUUGCCUGCCUGCAUUAAUUUUAGCUUUGAAUCGGGAUUUGCAGCUGAGUGAGAAGUGUGUUUCUCUGGAGAAGGGCAGCUCUAUCCAGGGGUGUUUCAUGAUUGCAGAGAAAGGAAUGUUUGCCGGAAAGAGACGGCUGCUGAUUGGUGACAGGCCCUAAUGGUGCGUGGAAAGCAAGGCCUAGGUUCUUCGACGUUAUUGGGUCAUGAUCUGGUAUGAUUUGCCAAACUGAUUGGCAGGUCGCCAAGAAAUAUAUAUUUGUUACUGGAGCAUAACCAAAGAAUCAAAUGGUUUCUUACCAUCUUUAUAUAUUCUCAGAGUCUCCUAAUUGUAUAAGUGUGUGUGUGGUGGAUGCAUCUACUUGUAUGUCACACAUAGAGAUUAAGGAGUGUCUGGGUGACAUGUUAGUUUUAUUGGGCAUGAGCAAAUAUUUGGAGACACUUGCACAGCAUAAGAAAAACUAUCCAUUUCUCUGAAUCUCAGAACAAUUUAGGAUGGGCAAAUCCAAUGAGUCGAUGUAAGCCAUCUCCAUGUUGUGACUGUUCCAUUUAUAAAGUGAAAGCCUUUAAUUAUUUAUAGAGGAUUCCCAGUUCAGUGCUAUUUGGUGACUGUUAACACGUCGUAAUUAUUAGACAGAAAGAAAGCCUUUACUGAUCUGUCGAUUUAACAUUAGUCCAAAUGAAGAAUGGUCUAUAUACUUGCUCUACUAUCCUGAUAGGGUAAUGUUAGUCACCAUGUGAUUUUUCCUGACUUGUUUUCAGCUGCAUAAGUGGAAAUGUCAACAAAACAAAACCCACUGAUGUCUAAAAAUAAACAUGUUUUGCAUUGUAGUGAA